AAAGUUUGUUAAUUUGGAUUUGAAGUCAUAUUUGAGGUUUCUGAAUUGGAUGCCUGAGGGACUGAAAAUGCCGGAACUUGAGCUUAUUGAUCAUGCAGGAUUGGAUUCUGUUGUUUAUCUGAGGAUUUACUUACUAGGGUAUGGUACUAAUACAAUCUGAACCUUCCUUUGUUGUAAUUAUUCAUUAAUUAGUGUAUGUUAGCAUAAUCUCAAACUUAUUUUUUCUGUAACUGUUCAGUAUCUUAUGUUAGCUGUAUUUCAACCUUUUUUUGCUGUAACUCUUCAUUUUAGCUGUCAUGUGAUGUGUAGUAUGUACCAGUGAUGCCAUUCAGUUGCAUAGAAUAUAGAAGCGAGGAUGGAAACUUCAAAAAUCUUCAGAAACAUGUUCUUUUGAAGUUGUAGUGUAAUUUGGCUUUGUAUUUUAGCAAUCAAAUGAAAUCAAUAAUCUGAACCUAGGAUGUCUUCACUCAUUUGAAGAAACGAAGUGGGAUAAAUUUUGCGGCCCAGUGAAUCAGGAAAAUUUUGGAAGAAAAAGGGAUAAACAAAUUUGAUAUCCUUUAUUAAAUCAAUUGCAAUUGUUUAAUUUCUUGGCUGAAGAUUCUAUUAUUAGUUACUCCUAGAACAAUGGAAACAGGGGGCCAUGGAGAGGGAUGAAUUUCUACAUUAAAUGUACAAAAUAAUGGCUUCUAGUAAUUCUUGAAUUUGGUCUUGCUUGUUGUGAGUGAAGCAUCAAAUGAUGCCGUCUUGAUGGAGUAAAGUCGGCAACCUCAGUGGCCCAAAUUUGGGCGCCUGAUGGAUAGCCACUUGGCAACCAUCAACGGUCUCUGCUCUGCCCAACGCCCCUUGAUUGUCCUUUGGCCCUUUCUGUUAAUCGUGUUAUACGAUCCAUCAUUGGUCGUCGAUAUUGCCUUUAUUUGGAUCCAAUCUCAGCUGCUCAGAUUCACUAUAUAUAUUCUAUAGUUCCUUGAGAUUAUCCGCAGAAGAAAAAUGAAGAAAGAAGAGAAGAGAGGGCAAAGCGAUCGACAGAAGGUUUCGGUGAGCAAGGGUUUUUCAUUCUCUGUGUUUUUCAUCCUUUGUGUAAUCUUUGGUUCUUAGGGUUUGCUUUUAAUCUGUAUUUUGUGAUUGAAAGGCUAUUUUGUUAGAGAACCAUUGAUGUAUAGUGACUGUGAAAGUUGUAUGUAUCGAGGGUGUAGCCCUAUUCUGGGGUGAACCACGGUAAAAUUUUGUCUUUUUUUCUUUCCUUGUAUGCUUGCGUUUUAUUAUUUGUGUAUGUUGUGAGGUUGCCUUCUGCCGGAAGUGUUUGGAUUCUGUGAAUAUUUGUGUUGCUGUGUUUGAGUCUUUCGCUUGUUAGAACAGUGGUACUGGUAUCAGAGCACGGUUAUAUUAAUCGUGUUCUAGGGUUUAAGUCAGAAUUUGGGUUGUUCAAUUUUUUGGGGGUCUAUUUUUUGCUCUGUGAGUCCAACCGGUUCUCUAGGGUUUACUAAGAUUCUCCGUCAGUAGGUGUGUGCUGAGUGAGUCUAAAUCUAGAGAUCUAGGUUACCUUCGUGCAAAGUGAAGAUGGCAUCCACCCGAUUUGAAAUCGGAAUAUUUGAUGGAAAAGGGGAUUUUGGUAGUUGGAAAAAAAAGAUGAGGGUUUUAUUCUCUCAUCACAAAGUGCUUAUAGCAUUGGUACCAGAUGAUCGGAAAUGUUCCGUAGACCAAAUUGCUCAGACUGAGGAAAUAAGAGAGGAGGCUUACAAUCUGAUAUUCCUCCAUCUCGGUGACAGUGUUAUCCGAAAGGUAGAUGGUAUGUCUAACCCUAUUGAUCUUUGGAAUAAGCUUGAUUCUCUGUUUGCUGUUAUGACUGCACCUAAUCUUAUAUAUCUGAAAGGCAUGUUGUUUAAUUUUAAGAUGGAUACCUCGAAAUCAAUGGAUGAAAAUAUAGAUGAAUUUACUAAAUUAACUUUAUUGUUAAGAGGUACUGACCAAUCACUGGGAGACACUAGUGAGGCAAUGAUUUUAUUGAAUUCCUUGCCUGAUGACUAAGAUGUUGUUAAAUAUGCUGUACAAUAUAUUGGCAUAGUUCCUAGUUUAGAUCUUGUAAUCUCAGGUAUUAAGCUAGAGAACUUGAACUAAAUUCAUCAAAGAAGUCGUAAAAUAAUUUGUUUGUGAAAGCUAAAAAUGAUAAAAGAAGUCACAUAGGUAAUGCUGAUCAAUCUAAUGGACCAGGGUCUAAAGGAAAGAAGAAAGAUAAGAAGGGAAAACAGAAACAGACUAAGUGGAAAUUCUACCACUGUGGGAAAGAGGGACACAUUAAAAAAUAUUGCUAUGAUUUUAUUAGGAAACAAAAAUAAGGGGGAAAUGUAAAUGUGAAUGCUAGUAGUUCUAAUUGUUUAGUUGAAGUGCUUACUGUCUCUAGUUCAUCUGCUGAAAAUGAAUGGGUAAUGAAUUCAUGCUAUUCUUUUCAUAUGUGCCCUAACAGAUAAUGGUUUCAAAAUUUUAACCAUAAAGAAACUGGAAUAGUUUAUAUGGGUAAUAACCACUCAUGUAGUGUCCUAGGUAUUAGUGACAUAUCUUUAAAAUUACAUGAUAACAAAACAAGGAUUUUAAUUGAUGUAAGAUAUGUACUCGGUCUAAAAAGAAACUUGAUCUCUCUUGGCACACUUGAUGAGUUAGGUUUUUCAUAUAAAGCAGAAAAUGGUUUCAUGCAUGUACUUAAAGGUGAUGAUCUAAUCUUGUCUGGUACCAAGAAAAAUGGCUUGUAUAUUUUGAAUGGCUGCUAUCAUCCUUCUGUUAAUUUGCAUUUUGCUUACACUGUUAAUUCUGAUGAGACAGAUUUAUGGCACUUGAGACACUUGGUCACAUGAGCCUGAAAGGUCUGCAGGCAUUGGAAAACCAAGGCUAUCUUGGACCAGUGUCUGCAGGAUCCUUGGAUUUUUGUGAGCCAUGUAUUCUGGGCAAGCAACACAGGUUGAGUUUCCACUAAGGAACUCACCUGGCAAAGGUAUGCCUAGAAUACUUGCAUGCUGAUUUAUGGGGGCCUUCCCAGGUUCCCUCCCAUGGUGGUAACAAGUAUUUCCUUUCCAUUGUAGAUGAUUACACUAGAAAAGUUUUGAGUGUUCUUACUAAAAACCAAGGACCAGAGGUUAGGAAAAUUUAAAAAUUGGAAGACUUUAAUAGAAAACCAAACUGAUAAGAAGAUUAAAGUAUUAAGGACAAACAAUGGAUUGAAGUUCUACAGUAGGAAAUUUGAUGUAUUUUGUAAUUCACAGGGCAUACUUAGGCAUAAGACAGUAAGAAACACACCCCAACAAAAUGGGGUGGCUGAAAGAAUGAAUAGAAUCCUACUUGAAAAAGUAAGGUGCCUUCUAUUUAUCUCAAGUAUGCCUAAAUCCUUUUGGGGAGAGGCUCUUUCCACUCCUUCUCACUUAGUCAAUAGAAGCCCUUUAACAGUUUCAGCAGUGUUGAAUUUUAAAUGCCUUGAAGAAAUAUGGACUGGUAAGAAAGUAAAUUUCAAUUACCUAAGAGUUUUUGGUUGUGAGGCGUAUGCUCACCAAUCUGAAGGUAAAUUAGAACCUAGAUCCAAACAAUGCGUGUUUGAUGGUUAUCAAGAAGGUACUAAGGGAUAUAGGUUAUGGGAUAGGCGCCAAAUUCCCUUGUAAGUUAACCAACAUAGUAGAACCCAAUGAGGGCAGAAACUUAGAUGAUCAUGCUCUUUUAAGGGAUACUCAGAUUUAGGUGGAGUAACCAGCUGUAGGAAAUGACCUGCCAAGUGCUCCAGCCAUACUUGAACCAAAUUUGGGAGAUGUUACAUCUCCUACUGAUCAUACCUCUGAUCAUAAUUCUGAUCAUGAGGAACAAACAAAUGACCCUGAGAUUGAGGAGGAACAAGCUAAUGCUCUCCAACAAGAUCUUAGUGACUAUCAACUAGCUUGGGAUAGGAGUAGAAGGGAGGUAAGACCAUCCUCUAGGUAUGCUUAUUCGGAUUUAGUGUACUGUGCAUUGGUUGUAGGAAAUGAAUUGAGGGACAGUGAGCCUUCUAUAUAUGAGGAGGCUAUCAACUCUCAAGACAGUGGCAGAUGGCAGCAAGCCAUGGAUGAGGAAAUGGCCUCUCUUGUUGCAAAUGGAACAUGGGAAUUGGUUCCCAUACUAGAGAAUCAAAAAUUAAUUCAGUGUAAGUGGUUGUACAAGCUAAAGGAAGGUAUGUCUCCCUCUGACCCAAUUAAAUACAAAGCAAGAUUAGUUGUUAAGGGUUUCACUCAAAGGGAGGGUAUAGAUUAUAAUGAAAUAUUUUCUCCAGUUGUCAAGUUUAAAACUAUUUGUUUAAUACUUGUUGUUGCUGUACAUUUUUAUCUAGAACUUGAACAAUUAGAUGUUAAAAAUUGCCUUCCUGCAUGGUGACCUAGAUGAACAAAUAUAUUUGGUACAACCUGCUGGAUACAUUGAUUCAAUUAAACCUCAGCAUGUUUGUUUAUUAAAGAAAUCUUUGUAUGGCCUAAGAUAGUCUCCUAGACAAUGGUACAAAAAAUUUGACCAUUUUGUAAUAGGAAUUGGUUUUGUUAGGAGUCAAAAUGAUAACUGCUUCUAUUUUACACUCUCAGAUAUUCCUAUUUAUUUGUUGUUGUAUGUAGAUAUCUUGUUAAUUAGCAAAUCUAAGUCCAAAAUCAGUGAAUCAAAAUCUAUGUUAAAUACAAAAUUUGACAUGAAGGACUUAAUGCAUGCUAAGAAAAUUCUAGGAAUGAAAAUAGAAAGGGAUAGAAGUAGUUUCAGUUUAAAAAUACAUCAACAUGAUUACUUGUUAAAGGCAGUACUAAGAUUUGGUAUGAAUAAAUGUAAACCUGUAAUGGUCCCCUUAGCUAGACAUUUUCUUCUAUCAAAGUCACAGUGCCCCACUUUUAAUUCUGAAAUCAUUAAGAUGGAAAAUAUACCAUAUGCAAAUGCAAUUGGAACCAUUAUGUAUUCAAUGAUCAGUAUCAGGCCAGACCUUGCUUAUUCAAUUUCUUUGCUAAGUAGAUUUAUGUCAAACUCUGGGAAAAAACCUCAUUGGGUUGCCUUGGAAUAUUUGUUAAGAUACAUUAAUGGUUCUGUUAAUAUUGACUUAUGGUUAUAAAAGAAGAUAUGAUACACUUGAUCUUGUAGGAUUUGUAGAUUCAGAUUUUACAGGGGAUAAAGAUUCCAGAAAAUCCACUACAACAUUCUUUUUUAUCCUGGGAGAGAAUUGCAUCAGCUGGAAGUCACAAUUGCAGUCUCUGAUUGCAUUGUCUUCCACUGAGGCAGAAUGCGUGGCUAUCACAGAUGUUUUCAAAGAAGCCAUAUGGCUACAAGGCCUCCUAAAUGAAAUUAAUUUGCUCCAAAGUAAAGUGGUGGUAUUCUCAGAUAGUCAAAGUGCUAUCCACCUCUAUAAAAAUCCUGUGUAUCAUGAAAGGAUUAAGCAUGUAGAUGUUAAGUAGCACUUUGUUCGAGAACUGGUGGUAACCAAAAUUGUGAAUAUCAAGAAGGUAUCAACUGAGGAUAAUCCAGUUGAUAUAGGGACCAAGGCUCUGACUGUAGCUAAGUUCAAGCACUGCUUGGGCUUGCUGCACGUCGAAAUUGGUUGAUCUAACAACUGACAUGAUUUAUGAUGAUGGGAAUUGAAGCAUGCUGCACUAUAUUUGGGGAAUGGGUUCAUCCUUCGCUUGAUGCUUCAAGGUGGAGAUUGUUGUGAGUGAAACAUCAAACGAUGUCGUCUUGAUGGAGGGUAAAGUCGGCAACCUCAGUGGCCCAAAUUUGGGCACCUGAUGGAUGGCCACUUGGCAACCAUCAGCGGUCUCUACUCUGCCCGAUGCCCCUUGAUUGUCCUUUGGCCUUUUCUGUUAAUUGUGUUAUACGAUCCAUCCUUGGCCGUCGAUAUUACCUUUAUUUGGAUCCAAUCUCAAUUGCUCAAAUUCACUAUAUAUAUUCUACAGUUCCUCAAGAUUAUUGGUAGAAGAAAGAAGAGAGGAGAGGGCAGAGCGAUCAGCAGAAGGUUUCGGUGAGCAAGGGUUUUUCAUUCUUCGUGUUUUUCAUCCUUUGUGUAAUCUCUGGUUCUUAGGGUUUGCUUCUAAUCUGUAUUUUGUGAUUGAGAGGCUAUUUUGUUAGAGAACCACUAAUGUACAGUGAGUGUGAAAGUUGUAUGUAUCGAGGGUGUAACAUUUUUUCCAAAUAGUGCAGUGAGCUCUUCCUGCUGGAGCUCAACAUGGAUGUAGCCCUAUUCUGGGGUGAACCACGGCUUAAAAUAUUUGUUCCUAUAACAUGUCUCGCAUUGAUUAUCCUGGUACCAGUUAACUGGACAAAUAGCACUUUGGAGCUAGCAAAAGUAAAUUACAGCAAUAUUGAUAAGCUCUCGAUAUCAAACAUUCCCAAUCGAUCACAAAGAUUUUGGGCUCAUAUAUUGAUGGCUUAUGUCUUCACUCUUUGGACAUGCUAUGUAUUGCAAAAGGAGUAUGAAAUAGUUGCAUCAAUGCGCUUGCAUUUUCUUGCAUCAGCAAGGCGCCGUCCUGAUCAAUUCACUGUCAUUGUUAGAAAUGUGCCUCCAGACCCUGAUGAAUCGGUCAGUGAGCUUGUUGAGCACUUUUUCCUUGUCAACCACCCAGAUCACUAUCUUACCCAUCAGGUUUUGUACAAUGCCAACAAAGUAGCAAAACUUGUCAAGGAGAAGAAAAAGAAGCAGAACUGGCUUGACUAUUAUCAUCUGAAAUAUUCUAGAAAUCAAUCAAAAAGGCCUGUCAUGAAGACAGGUUUCCUUGGACUCUGUGGGGAUAAGGUGGAUGCUAUCAAUUUUCACACAUCUGAAAUUGAGAGAUUGUCAAAAGAGAUAGCUGAAGAGCGAGAAAGAAUCAGAAACAAUCCAAACUACAUCAUGCCAGCAGCAUUUGUCUCCUUCAAAACUCGAUGGGGUGCUGCCGUGUGCGCACAAACACAACAAUCCAGGGAUCCAACUAAAUGGUUGACAGACUGGGCCCCGGAGCCGCGUGAUGUAUAUUGGCAGAACCUGGCUAUUCCUUAUGUUUCACUGACAAUUAGAAGGCUUAUAAUUGGUGUUGCCUUCUUUUUCCUCACAUUCUUCUUCAUGAUCCCAGUUACUUUUGUACAAACUCUUGCAAACAUCGAGGGUAUUGAGAAGGAAUUACCAUUUCUAAAGUCCAUCUUAGAAACACAUUUCAUAAAGUCGUUCAUCCAAGGUUUUCUACCUGGGAUUGCCUUGAAGAUUUUCCUCAUCAUCCUGCCAACGAUAUUGAUGUUCAUGUCUAAAUUUGAAGGCUUAAUAAGUGUAUCAUCCUUAGAACGGAGAUCUGCCUCUAGGUAUUAUAUGUUCAACUUAGUCAAUGUAUUCCUUGGGAGCAUAAUCACAGGGACUGCAUUGGACCAAUUAAACACUUUCAUUCAUCAGUCGGCAAAUGAUAUCCCUAAAAUCAUUGGUGUUGCAAUUCCAAUGAAAGCAACUUUCUUCAUAACCUAUAUAAUGGUUGAUGGAUGGGCUGGUGUUGCGGGAGAGAUUUUAAGGUUGAAGCCACUGAUUUUCUAUCAUUUGAAGAAUUUUUUCUUGGUGAAGACUGAUACAGAUAGAGAGGAAGCAAUGGAUCCGGGAAGUCUGGGUUUCAAUACGGGCGAACCUCGAAUACAACUCUAUUUUCUACUAGGCCUUGUUUAUGCUGUGGUGACACCACUUCUACUUCCUUUCAUAUUGAUUUUCUUCAGCCUGGCAUAUGUCGUAUUCCGCCAUCAGAUCAUUAAUGUCUAUAACCAAGAGUAUGAAAGUGCUGCAGCUUAUUGGCCUGAUGUCCAUGGGCGUGUAAUUGCUGCAUUGGUUGUCUCACAGCUGCUUCUAAUGGGAUUAUUGAGUACAAAAGAAGCUGCUCAGGCAACACCAUUUCUUAUUUCUCUUCCUGUACUCACCAUAUGGUUUCAGCGAUACUGCAAAGGCCGUUAUGAGCCUGCAUUUAUCAGAUAUCCGAUACAGGAAGCGACGAUGAAAGAUACAGUGGAGCGUGCCCGAGAACCAAGCCUUGACUUGAAGGGCUACCUUCAAAACGCUUAUGUCCAUCCUGUCUUUAAAGAGGACGACGAUGCAGAUGGCGGGGAAGAUGGCAGUACUUUAGUCCCCACAAAGCGACAGUCGCGCAGAAGCACACCGAUGGGCAGCAGAGUCAGCACCAACUCCUCAGCAGCAUCCUUCUCGUCCAAGGCCAAGGUUGUUCAAGAACAUCCAGACCCUUAAAAUUGGCAAUUCUUUUGCAGGCUUGGCUCUUUAUGGGUUUGCUUCAAGCAGAGAACACUGUAGAAUCAUUGUACAGAUGUUGCAACCUCUGGUGGUGGUUGUAUAUUGAGAGAGUGAAUGGUGUGGCAACCUUUGACACAGGCUGCCACUACAAAGGUCAUGACCAAUGUAGAACACUGGCUUUCUAUUUACAGCUAUCCAUGGCCAUUUUCAGAGUAUAUAUAUAUACACAA